GUGUAAUAUUAACUUGUUUCCAAUAUGCUUUCUAUUUAGAGAGCUAGGCCAUUCUCUUCUUCAAAAGACGCACCCUAUUCUUUCCCACUAUUUGCAUCGCAUUUGUUCUUGAAUCUCUUGGUAUUCCAUUGAAGCUGAGAGUGAGAGAAAGAGAAUGUUCCAUCCCAAGAAGCCUUCAUCUAUGAAUUCACAUGACAGACCCAUGUGUAUUCAAGGUGACUCUGGUCUUGUCCUCACCACCGAUCCCAAGCCCCGCCUCCGGUGGACCGUCGAGCUCCAUGAACGCUUUGUUGAUGCUGUUACUCAGCUUGGUGGACCAGAUAAGGCCACACCAAAGACUAUUAUGAGGGUUAUGGGUGUGAAGGGUCUCACUCUUUACCAUCUUAAGAGCCAUCUUCAGAAAUUCAGGCUAGGAAAGCAACCUCACAAGGAAUUCAAUGAUCACUCAAUUAAAGAUGGUGAGAGAGCUUCGGCUUUAGAGCUUCAAAGAAAUACUGCAUCUUCAUCUAGCAUCAUGAGUCGCAGUAUGAAUGAGGUGCAAAUGGAGGUGCAGAGAAGACUGCAUGAACAAUUAGAGGUGCAGAAACACCUUCAGUUGAGGAUUGAAGCUCAAGGAAAGUAUAUGCAAACUAUACUGGAGAAAGCAUGCCAAACACUUGCUGGUGAAAACAUGGCUUCAGGAAGCUACAAGGGUAAUAUGGGAAAUCAAUUAGGGGUACUUUCUGAGAUUGGAGGCUUGAACUUCCCAUCUCUUCAAGACCUCAACAUAUAUGGAGGUGACCAACCUGCAGAUCUUCAACAGAACAUGGACAGAUCAUCCCUUGAUGGGUUAAUGAUGGCGAACAACGAAAACUUCUGUCUGGGGAAGGAAAGGCAUAGCCCUUAUAGCAGUGGUAGCGGCAAGAGCCCCUUAAUGUGGUCUGACCAGCUCCGUCUUCAAGAAUUGGGAACAGUGGCAUCCUCCUGUCUCACUUCUAAAGAUGAUAGAGGUCCUGACUUGGAUUCCAUGUCCAACAUUCAUGAAACGAAGCCACUAGUCCUCACCCGAGGGGAUUCUGUGGGUGAAAACAAAUUCGACACAUUGGUGAAACACGAAAGGCCUUCGCCAUUGAGAGCUCCUCUUCAAUCCGAUAGGAUGAAUCCUAUGAUCAACACUGGUGUCAUGCAACAAGGAAGAAAUUCUCCAUUUUGAUAAAAACAUAAAUGUUGCUUAUUAGACCCAAGUACAAAUUGGUAUAUGAACUACAAAAUCGAUUUAGGUUUUUGAAUUUUAAGAACUUUAAGGAGUUCAUGACUAGGUAAGGGUUUCCUGUUUCCAGCCAGGUAUGAAAAAAUGCCAUGCAUGGCAAAUAUUUUCAGUUUAGGCUGUUAUUUAGCUCAUAUUGUAGUGCUUCUAUAUUAUGACCACUGUUUUACUUCCUCA